AUAUCGCCCAUCAACAUGUCCAGCAACUGCUGCUCUGGAAGCUUCUCCACCAGCUCCCGUGGGGGAUCUAGGCGCUGUUCAAGCUUAUUUCCCUGUUCUCCCAGCAACCUGGUCUACAGCACUGACAUCUGCUCUCCCAGCACCAGCCAACUAGGAUCAUCUCUCUACACUGGCUGUGGCGAGACCACCUGUGAGCCCACCAGGUGCCAGAGGUCCAUUGUGGUGUCGCGUCCCUGCCAGACGUCCUGCUUUCAGCCAAGGUCCACGUUCCUCUGCAGCCCCUGCGACACUUACACAGGGUCCCUGAACUGCAGACCCAGCAGCAGCUGCUCCCUGGGCUAUGGGUCUAGAAGCUGCUACUCACUGGGAUGUGGAUUCCAGGGCUUGAGAUCCAGAAGCUAUGGAGUCUGUAGUUUCCCUUCCCUUCGCUAUGAAGAUCGAUUCUGUCGUUCUUUCUACUGUCCUUCCAGAAGACUCUAUUCAUCUUACUAUCAGCCAUUCUGCACAUUUGGCUUUUACUGA